UUUCAGUCCUGCCUCAAGAAGACGAAGGCCAUGGCUCUGAGCAGCGCCUUCAGGGCAGUGGGCAAUGACCCAGGAGUCUUCAUUUGGAGAAUAGAGAAAAUGGAGCUGGUGCUGGUGCCCCUGAGCUUUCAUGGCAAUUUCUACGAGGGAGACUGUUAUGUGGUUCUCUCGAAUCGCAGAUCUGGAAGUCUCUUGUCCCAGGAUAUCCACUACUGGAUUGGAAAGGACUCUUCCCAAGACGAGCAGAGCUGUGCGGCCAUCUAUACCACUCAGCUGGACGACUAUCUGGGUGGCAGCCCAGUGCAACACCGGGAGGUUCAGUACCAUGAAUCGGAGACGUUCCGGGGCUACUUCAGACAGGGGAUCAUCUACAAGAAGGGAGGGGUGGCCUCUGGGAUGAAACAUGUGGAGACCAACGCCUACAAUGUGAAGCGUCUACUGCAUGUGAAAGGAAAAAGGCACAUAAUGGCCACCGAGGUAGACCUAAACUGGGGCAGUUUUAACCUGGGUGAUGUCUUCCUGCUGGACCUUGGAAGAGUCAUCAUCCAGUGGAACGGCCCAGAGAGCAACACGGGAGAACGGCUGAAGGCAAUGCUCCUAGCAAAGGAUAUUCGGGACCGAGAGCGUGGGGGCCGCGCUGAAAUCGGCGUGAUUGAGGGAGACAACGAGGCGGCCAGUGUAGAUCUGAUGAAGGUCCUUUCGGAAACACUAGGCGAACGUUCCCAGAUCACGUCUGCAACCCCUGAUGAGCUCUUAGACCAAGAGCAGAGAUCCAACAUCAUGCUCUAUCAUGUCUCUGACUCUGCUGGGCAGCUGACAGUCACAGAAGUGUCCACAAGGCCCCUGGUGCAAGAUUUACUGAAUCAUGACGACUGCUAUAUCCUGGACCAUGGUGGAAACAAGAUAUACGUCUGGAAAGGAAGGGGAGCCACCAAGAUGGAGAAGCAGACUGCUAUGUCUAAAGCUCUGGGCUUCAUGAAGCUGAAGGAUUAUCCAAGCAGCACCAACGUGGAGACUAUCAACGAUGGGGCUGAGUCUGCUAUGUUUAAGCAGCUGUUCCAGAAGUGGACGGUGAAGGACCAGACCUCCGGCUUAGGAAAAACCUUCAGCAUGAAUAAAAUAGCCAAAGUCAUCCAGGAUAAGUUUGACGUGACUCUGCUUCACGCAAAGCCGGAGGUCGCAGCCCAAGAAAGAAUGGUCGAUGACGGCAGUGGAAAUGUUGAGGUCUGGAGAAUUGAAAAUCUGGAGCUAGUCCCGGUGGAGGCUCGGUGGCACGGCUUCUUUUACGGGGGAGACUGCUACCUGGUUCUCUACACGUACCAAGUGAGCAGCCAGCCACGGUACCUCCUGUACAUCUGGCAGGGCCGACAUGCUUCCAAGGAUGAGCUGGCGGCUUCGGCCUACCAAGCUGUGGCGCUGGACAGACAGUACGGGGGCGCUCCGGUGCAGGUGCUGGUCAGCAUGGGGAAAGAGCCGUGCCACUUCAUGGUCAUCUUCAAAGGAAAGCUGGUCAUUUUUGAGGGUGGCACAUCCAGGAAGGCAAGUGCUGAGCCUGACCCUCCUGUGAGACUCUUCCAGAUCCGAGGGAACGACAAAUCCAACACCAAAGCUGUGGAGGUACCAGCAUUUGCCUCUUCCCUGAAUUCUAAUGAUGUUUUUCUGCUACGGACACAAAAUGAGCACUACCUCUGGUAUGGAAAGGGUUCCAGUGGUGAUGAGAGAACAAUGGCAAAGGAAUUAGCCAGAGUGCUUUGUGAUGGCACUGAAGACACUGUGGCUGAAGGACAGGAGCCAGAAGCAUUUUGGGACUCACUAGGAGGGAAAGUCCCUUAUGCCAAUGACAAAAGACUCCAACAGGAAAUUAUCGAUGUCCAGCCCCGUCUCUUUGAGUGUUCCAAUAAGACUGGGAGAUUCACUGUCACUGAGAUCACAGAUUUCACACAGGAUGACCUGAACCCAAGUGAUGUGAUGCUUCUGGAUACCUGGGACCAGGUGUUCUUAUGGAUUGGUGCUGAAGCUAAUGCCACAGAAAAAGAGGGAGCCUUCACUUCUGCCCAGGAGUACCUGCACACUCACCCCAGUGGCCGGGAGACUGACACACCUAUCCUGAUCAUCAAACAGGGCUUCGAGCCCCCCAUCUUCACAGGCUGGUUCUUGGCCUGGGACCCUCAUAUCUGGAGCGAAGGCAAAUCGUAUGAACAGUUAAAGGAAGAGCUGGGAGACACAGCUGAAAUUGUGAAAAUCACUGCUGACAUGAAUAGUGCUCCCCUCUUACUGAAUGCUGCUGAUGGUGAGCAAAAAUAUUACCCUCUGGAAGUCCUGCUGAAAAAUCAGGAACAGGAGCUGCCUGAGGAUGUAGACCCUGCCAAAAAGGAGAAUUACCUCUCUGAUGAAGACUUUGUGACUGUAUUUGGCAUCACGAGAGGGAAAUUUGCUGCUUUGCCUGGCUGGAAACAGCUCAACCUAAAGAAAGAAAAGGGGCUUUUUUAAAGAAUGGAAGCAAAUGCCUAUUUUAGGUGAUACUAGAGAAUAGACAGUGCCAAUUAUGAGGGAAGAAUUUAAAUCCCUAGCACAAUGUACUUGGUUACUUAUAGAAGCAAAAGAGUUUGCAAAGUGCAUGUUACCUACAGUGAAUAUUCUUGCCAAUAUUUAGUUUAAAUAUGUUUAAAUAUCCAUUCUGAUUUCUAUGUUUUGCAUGAAUUUAGAGAUGAAAACAAAAACAUAUGUAGUUCAUGCAACAAACUUUUCAAUCCUAAAAAAUUAUCAUGAAGAAAAUGUUUAAUUCUGGUGUUCAGACAUCAGGUUUAGAUAUCAAGAUCGUUAAUGCCAAAAAUAAAAAUAAAAUACUUAAUCCACAAGUCAUUGAAGUAUGUAAGCAAUUUUCAUAUACCUCCUGGGUGGGUCUCAGACAUCUUUUCAAAUUAAGGCCCCUCUAUGAGAUGAAGGAAUGACAUCAUUUUGGGUUUGCUCAUAUAACAAAUAAAGCAUAUACUUCCCAUCUGUGGAAUGUUUUUGUGCUGGGAAGGUUAGGAUGGUGGGAAUUAGACCAACAUCUGUAUUGGCAUAGGAAGGACAAAUUUUGCCCAAAAGCAGCAAGAAACCAUUUGGUAUUUAUUUGAGUAAUAAUAAGCCCAGUGACACAUCUGCAUGUGGGUCACUAAAGAAUAUCUUCAAAGGAUGCUGUAAACAACCACAAACAAGCCACAUUUUCCAAUGAACUCCGUAUUUGGAAUCAGUUUCAGGUGGGAAGGAAUCACAAGUUUAAUAUAAAUUACACUUUCAUUUGUUUCUGAUGACAUUACAUCUACCUAAAUGUGUAACCUUGGAGGUUGAUGCAAAUGAUAAACAAAAGUAGUAAAAUGGUUCUCCCAUGUAUCCUCCAUACAGCUGCCAAAUUGCUUUUCCCAAACACAUUAUCUAAUCACAUCCCACCUCUACUCAAAUUUCCUAUCACCUCUAGGAUAAAACACAAAGGUCAGCUUGUUGCUGGAGAUCCCACCAGGCUCCGAGCCCCCUUUCCAAAUUUAUAUCCUAUCGCUACUCCAUGGCACACCACAUGCUAUUAAACUGAACUGGCCUUCUAGCUGUUUUCAUUUGACUCGCUGUCUCCCAUCUCAUCUUUCACAGAAUUUUGGAUGUUGUUUUCCUUUAUGCUACUGUACAUUCUCUUGUUUUAUUUACUUCACUCCAAAGUAGUUCAUGCAGUCAUCUCAGAUUUCUCUGAAUCUGACAUGCAGAGAAGAAAAGAUACUAAGACAAUGUAUUCUAUCCCCACCUCUGCCACUUAGAAUCCCCAGCUUUCUUCAAGCCCAGCUACUGCAAGAAUCCUGUCCAAAGUUCUUCCAGGUCUCUGUUUUCACCCAGUGUGUACUCUGGGCAGUGAGGCUCCAAGUAUACUCCACACCCCUUCCACAACAACCCCACCAAAAAAACCUCCACAAAAGCUCUCUUAAGAUGGAGAUAAUUUCCUUUUUUUUUUUUCAUCUCUGUAUUAGCACCUAGUAUAGUGCCAUGUACAAGGACAGUCAAUGUUAGUGGAGGUAAAUUAGGAUAAUUCUGGGUAGAAAAUGGAUGAGAGGGCUCUGGCAGCCCUCCUAGCUUAGGGUGAAUAAAUUCAAGGAGUGAAAAAGAGAGGGCCACCUUCAGGACCUUGGGAUAUUCCUGGCAAGGUUUCUCUAAGAUAUUUAUUAUCUAAAUGUAAUUAGAACCAUUUACUGGAGUUAAAAUGAUUGGGAACAGCCAGGGGGGGGAAAAAAGUUAAAACAUGUAAAGGCGAAGAUUUCACUAAAUACAAGAGAUAAGCAGCUUCAAGUCAAAAGGCUUCACAUUCCUACAUUCAAAUACCUGCUCUUUCAGGGCUGGAUGUU